AGUUUAUACAAGUCCGCUCGUACAAGCGCGCUUCGAGUCUGGAGCGUGAAAUAUCCAUCAUCGGCCACGAGACGUGCGCUUAUAUUACAUGCUCCUUCAUCAGUUGGUCGUGGCUGUCCGCGGUUUAAGCACAUACGAAUGUACGCCGACGAGCGAGAGCCGCUCGCUAAUAUUGUAACACAAGCGAACGCGACUGCGAUGUCGCGAGAGAGCAGAUCGAGCGGUAAAAUGGUGGGAGCUGCGCGCGUAUUAUUCGGUGGCCGACGUCGUGGUCGCGCAUAAUGCGAGCAUUCAAUUAUAUGUAUUACCUCUUAACGAGUACGUCGCUUAUAGUUUCGUCGUCCUUUGUUUCCACGAGUGCGCGCACUUGAAAGAGAGAACACGGUAUAAAGUGGACCGCGACUCUCUAUGUGUGUCUAAUAUGCACAAGCGCGCGUGUUUGUUUUGGAUUUGCGUCGGCGUGUUCUUAUCGUCGUCGUUGUGCCUCUGCGAUGCUCUGCUCUUUGACCAGCUGGAUGCUCUUUUGAACUCCGAAAGACUUUCGGAUGAAAUGGAAAAAAUUCGAAUGAUACAUUACAAAAGAUCAUCAAACGAGGAUGUCGAAGCUCUUAACUACAGCCUCGCCCAAUCGGAGGAAUUGAUGGAAAAUAUCGAUUCGCAAAAACCUUACGUACUUUAUAUUCAUGGCUACGAAGAACACCCCGCGAACGAGAGCAUUCAAACGGUGGUUUCAGCCUAUAUUCAGCGAGGGACGGAUAACAUAGUGGUGUUGGACUGGAGUGCAUUCGCCUUUGGCAACUACGUAAGCGUGGCCGCACGCAUCAAAGAUAUUUCCAAGUGCACGGCCAUGGCACUCGGAAACUUGGCGGCUGCGGGAUUAAACGUCGAUACACUCCACGUCAUAGGUCACUCCCUUGGCGCACAGGUGGCUGGCUUCAUCGAUCGACAUCUCGACUUUUCUAUACCAAGAGUUACCGGCUUAGAUCCGGCUAACCCAUUGUUCUACCAAUUCGGCGCCGAGCACGUGGACGAGCGUAGUGGUCAGCAGGUCGACAUCGUUCACACUGACGGGGGUAUCUAUGGAGCUUACGAGCAUACCGGCAGCGUCGACUUCUAUGCCAACGGGGGCAUCAGACCGCAGCCUGGAUGCUUCUUGUUUGGAGUACCCUUGUCUCCCAGGAGUCUAUGCAGCCACUGGCGUUCCUGGCGUUUUUAUGCCGAAUCCGUCAUCAAUGACAAGGCUUUUCCUGCUUUGGAGUGUGGCUCCCAAGCUAUGUUCCUAACAGGCGGAUGCAAGGAGAAUAGGAUAGUUUAUUUCGGAUACUCGAUGCCAAAGAACGUAUCAGGAAAGUACUUCUUUACAACGAACGCCAGGUCUCCGUUCGGAAAGGGAUUAGCAGGCUUGAGAGGAACGAAUGCCUGAUUUUUGAAUCAUGUAAAAUACUAUUUAUUAUAUGUGAUAUUUAUUUGACAUUUAACAACACUUAUUUACACACACACACACACACACAUAUAUAUAUAUAUAUAUAUAUAUAUAUGUGUGUGUGUGUUUAUACGUAUAUAUACGUAUAAAUAACAGUCCUUUUUCGUAAUACCCUUUUUUCAAGUCAGCAUUUUGCAGCACUUAAACGCGCUAAUGCCCUUAUCAAUAGGCAGUAUACAUUAGAUAAUAAAGCUUAGAAAGACGUCGGCGUACGGUGUGCGCUCAUCACGAGUAAUUUCUGAAAAACAGAGAACAAUCUGCGUUACAUCAAUGAACUUUUAUUGCAUUGUAUAAGUUAAACAAGUGUACUCAAGGACUCGUUAUAAGUUAGCGAAUCGUUAGAAAACGUCAAAGCGUGCUCCAAAGAGAAAUGUGUACUUAUAUUCGAAUGUAAAACGACGACAGAAAAAACUAAAAAAACAGAUAGUAAUAA